CGUGACCCCUCUUGGUCCGCGCCGCUGCUUGCCGCGUUUUCUUUGAGUCAGUAUCUUCUUAUAUUCACGUGACUUUGUAUGUAUAUCUGUGAGUGCAAAUGGUGCUCAUGAAGAAGAGAGCCUGUCUCGCCCUCUUGCUAGUCGCACUAGCCGUGCCAGUCGACCUUCUGCCCACCACCAACAGAAGCAGGGACGCACCCUUAGCCGCCGAAAAGCAGAACAAUGACGGGUCCGGUGGCCAAAAGGAGGAGGACGUCGCCGACCAAGCGUUGCAAUUUUUACGCAAAUUCGGUUACCUAGAAAAUAGUGGCAGUGGAGUGGAAAAUUUGUAUAGUGGCGAAGCCGUGACUGACGCGAUAAAGGAAAUGCAAAAGUUCGGUGACAUUCCACAGACAGGGCACCUGGACAACGCGACCGUGCAGCUCAUGCACAAAAGGAGGUGCGGAGUGUCGGAUUUGACCCGCAAAUCUGACCCUAAAAAUAACAUCGCUCAGCCACCGAGGUCGGCCACGGGUCGCCGGCAAAACUCAAUGCGCCGCUCGAAACGCUUCAUCCAGGGAGCCGAGGGAUGGAGAAAAAGAACCAUGACUUAUUUCAUUUCAAACUGGAGCCCAAAGUUGAGUCAAGAGAUUGUAACGAUGGAGAUGCAGAGGGCCUUCCAAGUGUGGGCGGAAUAUGGAAACCUCAAGUUCAUCAGAGUAAACAGUCCGGACGCAGAUAUAAUUGUUGGUUUCGGCCGCGGACCUCACGGCGAUGGGUACCCAUUUGAUGGAGAGGGACUUGUUUUGGCUCACGCUUUCUACCCUUACGAAAUGUCUUCUUUCGGAGGGGACAUUCACUUCGAUGACGACGAAAGGUGGAAAGUCAAAUUGACUGGUCCUCAAGAUGACGGAGUUGAUUUUUUCUCUGUGGCCGUGCACGAGUUGGGUCACAGUUUGGGUUUGGCUCACUCGCCUCAAAAGGACUCAGUCAUGUUUCCGUACUUCAAGGGCUUCAACAGCAACCCUGCCAGACUGGCAUAUGACGAUGUGCUUGCUAUGUAUCACAUCUAUGUGAGCAAAAAUCUUCCCAGCGGCGAUCAAACCAGUUCAACAACGCGACCAACUGCAACUACAACUCCCAGCAGACCCUCAACACCGAGACCCACCAACCGACCUGCAACCCCUUUAACGACCCCAAAACCGACCGUGCCUGUCACCUCCACCGCAAGAAGUACCACGACAAGAUCGCCGGCGGGAAACAAGCCCCCGUCAUUUAUUCCCACUUACGAGGGAGACUUUGACACAGUUGCAUCUCACAAGCAAAAAUUCGGCUCCUCAGCCUCCAUCGGAGGGACAAUGACCGUCCCUAGUCCUCCAAAGGUCGCGGAAAAAAAGAAUGAAACACAAGAAAUUGCAAAAAAUGCGAUUUGCAACGGAACGUUUGACGAGGUGUCGCUUUUGCGGGGAGAAAUCGUCAUUUUCAAAGAUUCGAACUUGUGGCGGUUUUCCGACAAAAAGAUUCCAAUUCCCGGCUAUCCUGUUCCUUUCAACAGACUUUUUUGGCAGCUGCCGGAUCAGGUUGUAAAAAUUGAUGCAACUUACGAAAGACAAAGUGACAAUGUGAUUGUCAUAUUUUCUGGUGAUAGAUACUGGGAGACUGAUGGAAAUAAUCUAUUGAGGAGCUCAGGUUCACCGCUGUCUUAUUUGGGGCUGCCAGCUGAGGUGAAAAAGGUUGACGCAGCUUUGGUUUGGGGCAAAAAUGGAAAAACCUACUUUUUCAGUGACAAACAUUAUUGGAAAGUUGACGACCGGACAAAUAGGGUGGAGACUACCGGCUACCCUUUGAAAAUCUCUGAGAGGUGGAGAGGAAUUCCCAGCAACAUUGAUUCAGCGUUUACUUACAAAGAUGGUGCCACAUAUUUCUUCAAAGGAAAACACUACUGGAAAUUUGACAAUGAAGUCAUUCACACGGAACAAAAUUACCCGAAAUUGUCAACUAGAGAUUGGUUUGGUUGUUCAUAGGACGUUAUUCUUAAUUCUGAUUCAAUCUAUUUUAAAGACGUGUAAAUAUUAAAAAUAACUGUGCCUUCUGUCUUUUAAUGUAUUAAAAUUAAAACUAUAGAAAA